AUGCUCUUGCGAUCUGAUCCAUCGAUGGCUCCGCCGCUUCUGCUCCUCGCCGGCGUCCUCCUCGCGGCCACCGUCUCGGUCUCGCUGUCAGCGGCCUCCGGGGCCGCGGUGGAGUUCCCGAAGGAGGCCCUGCCGACCAGCUCCGGCUACCUGCCGGUGGACUCGCGCACCAACGCCUCCCUAUUCUACGCCUUCUACGAGGCCAGCGACCCGCUCACCCCGCCGGCCGACACGCCGCUGCUGCUCUGGCUGCAGGGCGGGCCCGGCUGCUCGGGCCUCGUCGGCAACUUCUUCGAGCUCGGCCCGUACCUCGUCGCCCCGGACGCCGCCUCGCUCUCCCGCAACCCCUUCGCCUGGAACCGCCGCUUCGGGCUCCUCUUCCUCGACAGCCCGCUCGGCACCGGCUUCAGCGCCGCGCCGUCCCCCGCCGCCAUCCCGCGGGACCAGGCCGCAGUCGCCGCGCACGUCCUCGCCGCGCUCCAGUCCUUCUUCGACGCCAGCCCGCCCUCCUUCCGCGCGCGCCCCUUCUUCCUCUCCGGCGAGAGCUACGCCGGGAAGUACGUCCCGGCCGCCGGGGCGCUGAUCCUCGCCGCGAACCAGGGCCUGCCGGCGGGGCGGCGGGUCAACCUCCGCGGCGCCGCCAUCGGCAACGGGCUGACGCACCCCGUGGCGCAGCUGCCCACGCACGCCGACUCGGCCUACUUCACGGGGCUCAUCAACGCGCGGCAGCGGCGGGAGCUGGAGGCGCUGCAGGCGUCGGCGGUGGCGCUGGCGCGGGCAGCGCGGUGGCGGGAGGCGUCGGACGCGCGGGGCCGCGUGCGCUCGUGGCUGCUGAACGCCACCGGGCUUGCCACGCUCUACGACUUGGGCAGGCAGCGGCCCUACGCGACGGCGGGCGUGGCGCGGUUCGUGAACCGGGCGGAGGUGAAGGCGGCGCUGGGCGCGCGCCGGGACGUGGCGUGGGAGCAGUGCAGCCGCGUGGUGAGGGAGGCGAUGCACGAGGACAUGAUGAAGAGCGUCAAGCCGGAGGUGGAGGCGCUGCUCCGGCGGCGGACGCGCGUGCUGCUGUACCAGGGCAUCCGCGACCCCUGGAUCGGCGUGGCGUCGCAGGAGGCGUGGAUGAAGGAGCUCCGGUGGGGCGGGCUGCACGCGUUCGAGGAGGCCGAGCAUGCAGUGUGGCGGACCGGCGGCGUCGGCGAGGAGACGGAGCUCGCCGGGUACGUGCAGCGGUCCGGGGCGCUGACGCACGCCGUGGUGUACGGCGCUGGGCACAUGGUGCCGGCCGACAACGGGCGCGCGGCGCAGGAGAUGAUCGAGAGUUGGGUCACGGAGACAGGGGUGUUUGGCAACGGCGUUUCGCCCGGGUUGACGCCGGCCGGCGCCCAGUUCGCGGCGACUUGA